AUGGUCUGUACCUCGGCCAUCGCCUCCUCGGCCACGGCACAUCAACAUCCGGCGCCCAUCGCCCAGACUCCGCAGCAUGGAUCCAAAGUCAGCUUGAGCGAGCUCGCUGCUGCCACUGCCAGCAGCCCACUGCACUCCUCAGCACCUACUGCCUGCCGCCACGGGCUACAAAGCUAUCCCAUCAAGGCGAUACUGCACAACAACUUGGCAGGCAAGGGGCCGGAUGGUGGCAGCGAGGGCCUGGUGUUUCUGGUGAGCCAACGAUGGCAGGGAGUUGAUGUCCGGGAUGUGAAGAUCUCCAUGCAUGCGGUAAGCGCAUACCAUCCGGCAGAUCCCCAGUGGAACGGCUUGGACGGGGAGUUCGUUUCCAUCAAUCAGUUUGGUGGCCAAGUGCUUCGAGUGCGCAUCCUGAUCUCGGAUGUUGCAGACAAGCCGAUUCGCCUGAACUUUUUUCCAAUCUUGCUCUGCGACCUUGAGACAGACUCGAGGAGCUCUCUGAGGGAGUACGUCGUGACGUACGGGCCUCACUUGGCAUACUGGUCCCAGGACACCGAGAUAGGUUUUGAGAGGAUGGGCAAUGUCACCGAGUAUUGGCAGAAGGUCGUCUCGGCCGAGAGAUCGGGGGCUGACCUGGGCCCCGACAACCCGACCUACAUUCGGGAGCUCACCGGAGAGCAGCUGCGGAAGACGGUGACGCUGGUCUACAGACAUGCUGAUGAGAUUGAGCUAGCGUUUGGAUCUGAAGCGCCGGCAGAUGUUGCUCGCACGUUUUUCUUUUCGUUUGCGCAGUUGGAUGGAUGUGACUUGCAGUUGGCCACUUCUAGUACCGCCACGACCACAGCAACCCAAAGCUCGGUGACGCGAACCACGGUAACUUCAACUUCACCAACGACAACUUCAAUCACCUCAGCUACUUUCAGUACAACUGUUUCCUUAACAACAUCGAGUAGUAGUGUGUCAACGUCGACAUGGACGUCUGCUACAUUCACGAGUAUGACAGCAACUGGUGGCGUUGGUCUUCCUAUCUUCGACCUUCCAGAUCUUCCAGGCGAUCUUCAUAUGCGGCAUUUCUUUAGCGAUCUUCAUUCGCGGCUGCGGCAUUUCUUUAGCGAUCUUCAUGUGCGGCAUGUCUUUAGCCACUUGACCCGCCGAUCUCGAGCGGCUCUGUACUCUGCCGGUCUGCUCGCCCUGGUCUUGCUUGCGCUGGGGUACUGGCUCUGCUGGGUCUGCCGCAGCGAGCAAGAGACAGGCCAUGAGUCGCGCGUCCUCCUGAUGACCGCCUUGAAGUGGCUGCUGGAGUCCGUGAAGCUCCAGGUUGACCUCGAGAGCGGCGUGCUCUCUUUCAAGAAUUCAGGCGAGGCAUCGCAAAGAUCGAUGCCUGCCUGGAUGCCCAAGCGAAGCGCACCGGCCUCUGAAGGAGUCAGCAUUGGCUCACCGGGAGGCCUGCGCAAACUGAUACCCGAGCUGCUGCCAGGGGCGCUAUACUGCUUGGAUGAUGGAGAACCCACCAUCCAGAAGGAAGCUGAUCAGGCCAAUGCCAUGCUUCUGCAAGAAGCCUCAAAGCUUGCGAGUGACCUUCCUGUGGAGGGGAUUGCAGAUGCAGUCAUCAGUGCCAUGUCGGAUGUAGGUGGGCAGGAGCGCAGCAAGGAAGUCUUGCUGAAAUGCUUUAGCUGGGUUGAGCUGCUUCUGGACAAGUGCCCCGAGCGGGUGGUGGAGCCGCAGGUCCGAGACAGGCUCUUCGAAGCGGCCAUGAAGGCCUUGUUGCGCGAGGAGGAGGAGGUGGCCUCCACUGCCUUGCGUCUCAUGGCACAGCUUGCGUCCACGGGCGAGAAGUUGGGAAGAGGCGAUGAUCUGGUUGGCCACAUGUGUGAAAGGCUCUUCAACCUCAUGAAGAGACAGCAAAACUUGCUGGCAAGCAGAGGCGAGCUCAUCAUCCGCUUGAUCUGCAAGCGCGUAGAUGCCAAGCGUUUCUUCGCCACGGCUGCCAAGACGCUUGAAACCAUGGAGGACAAGGCCUUCGCGCGAAACCUGGUGCAGGUUUUGAACCGUGGCCUGCUUACUGGUCCGGAGACCCAAGACUUCCGAGCUCAGCUCCGCGCCGAGUCCAGCGGCCAAGUCGCUUCCACGAGCUUUCCGAUGAUUCUCAUGCGAUCCUGGCUGUGCUGUCCUGUCAGUUCGCUGGCACUGAGCUUCUGGAUGAACUGGUACGAGCUUGCGGCGCAGUUGGCGACCAGGCUCGCUACCAUGCAGCGCACAGAGGACAUUGAGGAGCAGCUGAAGUACCUAGUGGAGUUGCUGGAGUCUCCAGUUUUCAGCGACGUGCGCCUGCAGCUACUAAACAGGCGGCGCCCUGCUCUUCUGCGCGCGGUCCUCCGCCUGGCGGCGUUGCUGCCGCAGGAGAAGGCAUUGCAGAGCCGUUUACAAGUGGUCGAGACAGGACUCAGGAUAGCUCUUGUUUUGUCGAGACGUGUUCAGUCUCUGUUCUACAUGCUGAAGGCUGCAGGCGACCUACUAGCAAAUCGGAUAGUGGCAGGCCUCACGGAAACCACCGCCACGGCGGCGCUUCCCCGUGGAGGCCUGGAGGUAAUGGCACUGAGAUAUCUCCCCCAGAAAAUUCUCCAAACUUCGAGAUUCCUUGCAGACCUUUUCGUUGCAAGUUUACUGCAUCCAGCAUGCGAGAGACAUAGCAGAGCAGACUUGGAAAUGACUUGUGUAACGUGGUCUCGGCGCUUCUUUGCGCAGAAGCGCCAGACACUUUCCAUGUGCUUCUUCAAGGCCCAAGAGCUGCUGGCCGGCUUCGAUCGAGUGAUAGUGGAGCGUGGCUGGAAGGACAUGUUCUGGGGCUGUAUUGUGGCUCCAGGUGAGACCAAGAAGGUCGAGACAAAGGCGGGAGAGCUGCUUCACUUGUCCCAGGCCUGCCUAGCGCCCGACACUCCCAGUGGAGCCUCUUCCAAAGUUCUGGUGGAGCAGACGGGUCAGACGUAUGCAGUCGCCUGCCUCAAGGAAGGAGGGCAGGAGUUCUGCGCCCUGGACUUGUUUCUCGAUGCAAAGGAGGCAAAAAUUGCGGUGAAGGGCAAGGCUACGGUGCACCUGACAGGCUACUUCGAGGCAGAUGAACUCGAUGAGGAUGACCUGCCUCCUCCAGCGGCGCCAAUGGCAGGCUCACCGAAGGCGAAGGCAGAGCCCAAGUCCUCGCCCAAGGCCGCCCCGAAGGGGUCCCCGAAGGCCUCGCCAAAGGAGGCGGCGAAAGCCAAGCCAGCAAUAGACGAGGACGACGACGAUCUCGACCUGCUGGAAGGGGAGGAAGGCGAAGAGGAGGAGCCGAAGGAAUCCGACAAGGUAGUGAAGCCGUCGGCUAAGGCAUCGCCGAAGGCAUCGCCGAAGGCAGAGCCAAAGAAGGCAUCGCCGAAGGCAGAGCCGAAGAAGGCUACGCUACCUGCAGAUUUGGAGGAUGAUAUGGAGGAGGAGGAAGAAGAAGAGGAGGGAGCGGAGGAUGACCCGGUGGUCAAGCCAGCAGGCAAAGCUGAGGCCAAGCCCAAGGCAACACCGGCCCCUAUGGAUGACGACGAUGAUGACGAGGAGGGAGAGGAAGAGGAGGAUGACGACGAUGAUGAGGACAUGGAGCCCCCUGCGAAGAAGCAGAAGGGCGACGGAAAGGGAUUCGGAAAGGGAAAGGACAAAGGCAAAGGCAAAGGCAAAGGAAAAGGAAAAGAUGGAAAAGGAAAGGGCAAAGACAAAGGGAAGAAAGGCAAAGGAAAGGGCAAGGGCAAGGGAAAGAGAUAA